AUGGAGACCCUGCAGAGACAGCAGGCAGCUCGGCUGGCCCAAGGGUUGGGGCCAUUGGCCCCUCCUCGCCUCCAGCUUCCACAGCCUCCCUUACCUGGUCCUCGGACCAUGCAAGCUCCUGAGGGGGCUUUGGAGGAGGUUGGGGCUGAGGAGGAGGAAGAUGCUGAAGAGGAUGAGGAAGGGGAGGAAGCCAGAGCAGAAGAGGAGGCAGCUGAGGAGAGUCAUCCGGGGGUCCAUGGCCCCAGCUCACCUUCCAGCCAGCCCUCUGGACCCCAUCCCCAUGAGUGGACCUACGAGGAACAAUUUAAGCAGCUGUAUGAGCUUGAUGCAGAUCCCAAGAGGAAGGAAUUUCUGGAUGAUCUGUUUACUUUCAUGCAGAAGAGAGGGACACCAGUAAACCGCGUACCCAUCAUGGCAAAGCAGGUGCUGGACCUGUACGCAUUGUUUCGCCUGGUGACGGCCAAAGGCGGCCUGGUGGAAGUCAUCAACCGAAAAGUGUGGCGAGAGGUCACUCGCGGCCUCAGUUUACCCACCACCAUCACCUCGGCAGCAUUUACCUUACGCACUCAGUACAUGAAGUACCUGUACCCAUACGAGUGCGAGACACGGGCUCUCAGCUCCCCGGGCGAGCUCCAAGCCGCCAUAGACAGCAAUCGGCGAGAAGGACGUCGCCAGGCUUACACUGCGGUCCCGCUCUUCAGUGUAACGGGGCCGGGACCAGGCCCUCGUGGCGCUCAGGGUCCCGCCCUAGGUCCAGGUCCUGGCCCCGCCCCGCCCCCGCCCCAGCUCGCUCCCGGCCCUGCCCAGAGUUCCGCCUCUGGCCUGCCAGCGCACGCUUGCGCCCAGCUAAGCCCCAUUAAGAAAGAGGAAAGUGGAAUUCCAACCCCUCGUCUGACAUUACCUGUGGGUCUGGCUUUGGGGUCUGCACGAGAGAAGUUGGCACCAGAAGAGCCUCCAGAGAAGAGGGCUGUGCUGAUGGGCCCCAAUGACCCAUCUCGACUUGGUGCACCCCCCAGUUUCCUGCCCCGUGGCAAAAUUCCUCUGAGGGAAGAGCGCCUGGAUGGACCCCUCAAUCUGGCAGGCAGUGGCAUCAGCAGUAUCAACAUGGCACUAGAGAUCAAUGGGGUGGUCUACACUGGUGUCCUCUUUGCCCGCCGUCAGCCUGUGCCAGCUUCCCAGGGCCCAACCAGCUCUGUACCCCCACUCUCUACAGGACCUCCUUCUAGCACCUUGUCCUAA